AUGAGCACCGAAGGAUACUCCCAGGCCACCGCCGACCAGCUUGCUCGGAAGCUUGAGCACCGUCCCACGCGCGAGGAGCUCGAGGCCGCCAACGUCCUCAAGAAAAGCACGGUCGCCCCGGCACUGCAGGCCAAGCAGGUCGAGCUGGACCGCAACCGGCUCGAGGACAAGCUGGCCAGGAAGCUGGAGAACCGGCCCACGCGCGAAGACCUCGAGAACAAGCACGUCCUGCUGGACCACAAGGUCGCGCCCGGACUGCAGGUCAAGCAGGAGGAGCUGAAGCGAGCCAGGAUUGCCGACGACCUGAGCAAGAAGAUCCAGGCGCGCCAGUCGCCGGAGCAGCUGCGCGAGCAGCAUAUUCUGGAAUGA